UACACGACUGACGAUAGAUAAUAAGCGAAUGCUACGCACGAAAUAGGAUCAUACUGAGAGAGUUUAACGAGAAGUAUUCACAUAUAAACACAAGUUUAAUGUGUUACCUCAUUGUUGUGUGAAACCGUUUCCUCAUAGAACGGAAGUUUUGUUUUUUGGAGGAAUAUAGCGACACUCGGACUACGGAAUAAAACGUAUUAGACGAAGAGAAGUAUGGAAUUUAAUGAAUAUAACACAAUGAUGCUGGCGAACUGCCAUGCCCAAAUGUAAACUGCCUAAUUGUAUACAGAGGCCUCGCAAGAGCAAUUUUAAACUUUUCAUGACUGAUUUAUAGCGGAUGAACGGGAAAUAUGGCCACUGCAGGUGUAUUGAUGGCAUUGGUGCUUAUCAGCACCCCGUGCUUCCGGGCGGGCGCUGCACGGAUGGAAGGGACGGGGAUUGUGCGCUCCUGCGAGCCCCUUAAGAUUGAACUAUGCAAGGACCUCGCCUACAACGUCACGGGAAUGCCAAACGUGGCGGGCCACGAUUCCGUCAAGGACGCAGAGAUCAGCAUGCGGACGUUCUCGCCGCUCAUCCACUACGGCUGCUCCAGCCGCCUCCGCUUCUUCCUGUGCUCGGCGUUUCUCCCGAUGUGCACUGAGAAGGUCAAGGAAACGAUCGGUCCCUGUCGGCCGCUAUGCGAGGGCGUCAAGCGGAAGUGUCAGCCGGUGUUGGAAGACUUUGGCUACCCAUGGCCGGAUGUGCUGAACUGUUCCAACUUUCCAGUGGAGAACAAUCAAGACCACAUGUGCAUGCAGGGGCCAGACGAGACGGUUGAGGACGAACUUCCGGUGAAGAGCCGGACGCCUGUGCCCGGCUACGACAACUCCAAGUACAAGCCCAACAACGAUGUGCAACCGGAAACCCAGGAACGCAAGCACGUGGUUUGCGGAGAGUUCCGCAACCCAGAUCACUACCAUUACAUCAACAGAACGCAGAGAUGCGCUCUAAAAUGUGACCAGGACGAGGCUUUCUCUGCAAAAGACAAGUAUUUCGCCGACAUCUGGAUGUCUAUCUGGGCCGGCCUGUGUUUUGUGUCAACCUUAUUCACUGUCUUGACGUUCUUAAUUGACUCUCAGCGGUUCAAAUACCCGGAAAGACCGAUCAUAUUUUUGUCAAUGUGCUUCAAUUUCUACAGUAUUGCUUUCAUCGUGCGCUUGAUCGCGGGACGCGACUCCAUCGCGUGUGAUACGAUAGACAGUCAGAGCAAGAGCAGGAUUCUUAUUCAAGAGGGCCUGGACAACACAGACUGCGCCAUAGUGUUCCUUUUGUUGUACUUUUUCGGGCAAGCCAGCUCCCUCUGGUGGGUGGUGUUGACCCUGACGUGGUUCCUGGCGGCGGGGCUGAAGUGGGGCCACGAGGCGAUCCAGCAGCAUAGCACCUUUUUCCACGCGGUUGCGUGGGCACUUCCGGCCAUAAAGACAAUAACUAUUUUGGUCAUGCGGGAUGUGGACGCGGACGAACUGGCGGGUAUUUGUUACGUCGGAAACCAGAACAACGCGACGCUGAUCGGUUUCGCCAUAGCGCCAUUAUUAUUUUACCUCAUUUUAGGGUCUAGUUUCAUCAUAGCAGGAAUCGUUGCAAUGUUUAAAAUCCGGAGUCGAGUACGGAACAGCGGCGUACAGACGGACAAAUUGACGAUACUCAUGAUCCGGAUCGGAAUAUUCUCCGUGCUGUACACUGUUCCGGCCAUGUGUGUAAUAGGGUGCUUGUGUUACGAGUUCGCGCACCGAGACUCCUGGUACUCCGCCGAUGGGCAUAGUUCACCGAAGAUUGAAGUGUUUAUGCUUAAAGUGUUUAUGAACCUAGUGGUUGGAAUAACGAGUGGCAUGUGGAUUUGGUCGCAGAAAACCGUCACUUCCUGGCAGACAUUUUUUACCAAACUCUGUUUCCGGUCCCAGGAGCGGAAACACGUAAAAGCCUGCGCGGUUCCGGUGUAUCAUUACCAGCAGAUUCCAGUUAAAUCAAACAUUUGUCGAACACAACGUCACGAGAAAUCCUUGCGACCGGAGAAUGGCACGGUGGUAUAGUAUAUAAUGACAUUUAAAACAAUGGCGGAUUGUGUUUUGACCAUGAUAAACGGCGUCCUCAUUUUGUCAUACAUCGCUGUACGAAAUGAUCAUAAAAGUGACAGGCUGAGUAAUAUACAGCUAUACAUUUACACAAUGUUGUUAGCAUACUCGUUGUCAUGCGUUCUUUCGUGGAAAGCAUGCCUUCUUUUGAUUCAAUUAAUUAUCUCGACGUUCAUAGUCGCCUUCGUUUUGGCUCGCCAUUAAUUUUAUAACAACGUUUUGCUCACUUUUGAGAUAAGCUUUCCGUUCGUUAUCAAGGUUAUGCCCUCCAAAUUCACUUACCUCGGAGUUUUACUGCCGUUGUUUUUGUUUUUAUUGUGUUGAUACACAACCAAGUCCUUUCCGUUGUCAUUGCGCGACUGCCGAUCCGGUUUAUUACAGCGAUUUGUGGCAUGUGUCCGCAGCAAAACGUCAUAAAAUCAAAUCGGAUUCACAAACAAAUACCUACGCGGCGAGUAACAUAUUUUGUUUUUACAGCCUGGUAAAUUAUCAGAAUGAACAUGUUCGUAAUACACUUAAAUAUUCGUCUAUGUAACAUCAAGUUCAAUUUUGAUCAUUUUUACUAGAACGUUGAGAAAAUUAGUAUUAUGAGUUGGCUAAAUUACAAUAUAUUUAUUAAGACACGUGAAGUCGAACAUAGCCGUUUAUAGUUCGUUUCUUAUUUGACAAAGCAUGACAUCCUUAUCAUGGUCAAACGGUUAUUGUCAGCAUCAACAAAGUAUUAUUAAGUGUAGUAGUUAAAUGUCCGAUUGUCUAGCCUCAUUUUCGCUAGUGUCCGUGUUUCGCAGCUGUUUAGGUCGUUUGUAAUUCAGUAUCUGUAAAAAUUGUCGGGAUAGUAAGGAUUGAGUUUCAAGUUUGGGUUUUUUAGGACGCUGAUAACCCGAAAAUGAGGCUUUACAUCGUGUUUUUGUACCAAAGAAAUUUGUACAUAGUUUUUCAGUCAGCAUUCAGCAUUGUUCUUUACCGCAUUGGCCGGUAGGUUAUAUUAAUUGAUGAUAUUUCUGGUGCUUUUGUCUGUGUUUUCAUUUGUUUUACUCUUAUCUUAUCAACAUGUGCAAAUCCGUAUUUAAAAUCUAUGAACAUCAUACAUUUUUCCGAAGAAGUUUCUGCUAUUCAUUAAUUGUAACAAUUGUUUUUUACGAGUGUAUCAAAAUGAUUAAAACUGGAUUAGAAAGUUAAAUCGCCGCACCAGAAUGUUAAAAUGGGACAAAAAGUUGCAAUCCUAAGUGACAAUAUACUGGAAACAUAAAUGAUACAUGUCAUGCAUUAUCAUUUUGUGCACGAAUAUUAAUGUUAUAUUCCUUUAAUAAUUCAAAAUCUGUUUUGUAUAGAAAUGUUAAACCAAGUUAAACAAUUAAAUAUGUUCCGAAUUACUGUAGAUUCUAUUCAAAGUGCAGUUGGAUGUUUGAAUUCCGAAGAGCAACCAAAAUUCUUCAGCUAUAAAACACUUACAGAUGUUAUGGGUUUAAAUACGACGUUGUCAAUAGCCCUGAAAAGAGAUAUAUUGCCAUUAAAAUUUGUCUUUCGCUCCAUAAAUCAAUAAGUUAUUGAUGGUUUGACAGCUGUAAAAUUUACACACGGGUCAUUUAACCUAGUGUAUUUUCGCCGAUAUCAAUUUCCUAUAACCCGUCAACAUUAGACCCAAAUUAAUUUCAACGAUGUGAGCGUUAUAAUCCGUGCCACUAUGAAAGUUCAUAAAUCAUGCAUAUUUUUGCAUCUACAAGAUUCAAUUAUGCAUAAAUACGUAUUACUUCUGGACUCAGUUGAUAGUUUAAGACGCACUAAAUAAUUCGUCGGUGUCGACUUAAGCUUUGUAUAGAAAACUCCGCUACAUAUGUUAAUUAUUAUGAAAAUAACUGCGACUUUAUGCUGCUUAUGUUAAACGAAUGUACUGUUGUGAACAAUAAAGUACAGAUCCGGUUAAAUAACACGAGCUCAACUGGAAAUUGUGUACAUUUUAAAUCGCAAUUUUUUAAAUAAAAAUAUGACAGUUUCAAAUAACAUACACGAAAAUAGCCUUUUUGAAAAUAACAAAAAAUGUGAUAAGCGUUACUGCAAACUCAUAAAAAUUUAGCUGCUUUUACACGUAUCAUAUCAAACCCCGUCUCACGAUAUAUUCUGACAGUAAAAAAUGCAUGUCAAAACGUUGACUGAUAUCGAAGAGAAUGAAAAUAAUCACUGGAUAAGCAAAAAUGAAAAGGCUAUGCAAGACAUAGGAUGUAUGGUUAUUGUAUCAUCGUAAAACAAACUAAUUCAAAUGAUGGAUGGCCCGUUUCGAAGACAACUUAUUUCUUCGGAUAACAAAGUCUAUAACUAGAUUAGCACACGCCAUUCGUUCAACGAUUUCAGUUGAAUCAUCUUAAACAUUCGCUGUUCGUUCCAUUAACCAUUAUUACGUGGUAUUGUUCGAUUGAUUUAUCCCCACGGACGCGAGCUAUGAGCGAUGCGUUCAAAAACAAACUGUCCCAAUCGGGCAAAAAUCGCUAUUAAGUGAGUUACUGCAUGUUCGCCCGUAUUUCUAAGCCCUUUGCGAACAGCUCUAUAGCAUCUUGUUUGUUCUGAACGCGUUAAUUUCCCACAAUCAAUACAUGUCGAUGCGGCGUGCGUUUAACAACAUAAUCUUUAUUGAUUUCUGUAGAAAGUAAACUGCUCCUCCCACUUCACGCUGCCUGACUCUCACAUUAACAAAAGCUAGACGGGGCUUUAAUUUCAAAGUCGAAACAUUCUCUGUGUGGAUUCUCUGUGGGAUAUAAACCGUUAUCAUUUACUAGAUAUUUGUGUUCAUUUAAGGCAAGGGCUCUGGUGAUGGAAAUUCGACGAGUUUUUUCCCAAUCUAUCAUGCAAACUGCAAGUAUGUAUUUAACACUGUUUUCUCAAAGAGAGGCUCAAGUGAAAAACGUAGUCUGGCUCAUCCACCUAAAAUUCUUCACCGUCGAUUAUAACAGUUGCUUUGCAUUCUUAUCUUACAUCCAAAUCCUCCGACUAGUUAUAUAGCAGUGGGUUAAUUACGAAUUAAUCACCGUGCACUAUCAAGAAAUUAUUAUUGCGUCUCGUUAAAGCCAUUCCGUGCCACCCAAUGUGAUAUUUAUUAUGCGAGUUGCAACUAAAUUAUCAAAAUUAACGAUGAUGUUGUAUUUACUUUAGUUUUUUGCCUCAUUAUCAUCUGUAUUUACGUGGCUGCAAAUUACGAUUCCAUGUUUUCAUAGGUACCGGUACGCAUAGAAAUAAGUCUGAAACGGAAUAUCCAUUAAAUUAAUUGCUCGAGUUGAACGGGAUUUUUUCUUGACACACUAAGCCUUGUUCUCAGAACACUUGGCUAAAUGCAUGUGCGUAAAGUGUCAUCCCAGAUUAGCCUGUGCAGUCCGCACAGGCUAAUCAGGGACGGCACUUUCCGCCUAAACUUAAUUUUCGGUAAGGGGGAACUUCCUUGAUACUAAAAAUUCCAUAAAAGCAGAAAGUGUCGUCCCUGAUUAGCUUGUGCGAAUUGCACAUGCUAAUCUGGGACGACACUUUACGCACAUGCAUUAAGCACAGUUUUCUCAGAACGCGGCUCAACUAUUCUGGCUUUACCUAACGCGGAGUUGGACGUUGACGAUAUGGUUUGGCGAGGCUAUUAAUUACGUAAUGAGUGAUAUAUUGCGAUUGUUCUUUUUAUUGACAACUUGAUAGAUUUUUAUUAAGUUAUUCCCUGAUUAUUUUUCUGAGCGACAUUGAACGAUAGGCAAUGCGAGUUUUACGGGUUAUAAACGUUGAUGUACUACUGAUCGACAUAUGCGGAUCGACCGUGUUUAAUAGCUAUUUUGUUGGUCCGUUAUAACUUAUAAAAAUUGCCUGUUUGGAUUAUAACAAAAUAACUGUGACACUGAAGUAUGUGUAUAUUUUUGCCUGUUUGUAAGCGUGUUGUGCUCGGACUGCAGCACUUUGUCUAAGCCGCGUGUCAAUAAGUAUUACAAACAUCAUUAGCAUUUUCUUAUGUUUACUUUUUGAGUUUAACCCAUUUAUGCCUAGCGUUCUAGAAAAAAAGGCCUUGGCCAACAGCGUAGACCCAGAUGAGACGCCGCAUGAUGCGGCGUCUCAUCUGGGUCUGCGCUGUUUGCUUAAAGGGAUUUCUGUAAGAAAUAUUCUAAAUAUAGAAAUAAGUAUACUAGACAUUCCUAAUUUUGGAAAUAAAUUGAUCCAGUUUAGACGGAUUGGAGAGUCCACUAGGCAUUAAUUGGUUAAACAUUGUUUCACAUGAACACACUCUGCUGUUUAUAAAUCAGCUAACAUCCAUUGACGUAUUAUACACAAGUAAUAGAAAAACAAUAAGAACAUAAAUUAUCAAAUAUGAUUUUUGUUGAAAUUUAAGCAAACCGAUGCCAAACAUUACAGUUAUGACCAAAGUAGCACACAUAUAUAUACCUUUUUGAUAAAAUUUAGUGACCACUUGACUCGCGACUUGCGAUAUUUAUUUCCUAUUGAAAUUGCCAUUUAAAAGUGAAGAUAGUGGAAAGUUAUUGCACAUUUGGACAGCUCGGUUGAGAACGCUGAUAAAAUUCUACACGGUUUCCAGUGCUGAAUAGGAACUGAUUAUAAAUAUUCGCUGCGUUAUCGGUAUACUGGCGGAUUUAGAAAUAAAACAUUGUUCCAAUUCUGUCAAACACUGUUAUCGUUUUUAUCUCGUGGUCUUAAGAGAAAACUGCACGGCAGGUAUUUGCGUAUUUAUUGUAAACAAAGAAAUAACUCUCGAAGCUGUUAAAAGUUUUAAACGCUCAAAAUUAGUUUAACUUUAACAUCAUGAAAAGGGCUAUCGAAUUUUUUACCAUGUACGUAGCUUGGUAAAUAAAACAUGACUGCUGAUAUUAUUCAGUUGUACUGCUUAAUCGCUUUGGGCUCCUUUAGCUUUUGGUUCAUUUCAAAUAAUUCGAAAUCAAGAUUUGAAAUUCCUGUGCGAAGUCUGGGCAUGAGGAAUUCUAGGUGAAUAAUGUGUUUACAUAUUUUUGGAAUCGCCUUGGCAAUGGUUUGGAGGUUUUUAGUAUUUAUAGAACAACACUCGCGUUCCAGUCAUGCAGGCAGGCGGUAAUAUACAUUAUUGUAAACAACAACAUGUCGCGUAACACUAAAGGUCACCUGCCUUAAAUAAAGCACCAACAAAUUGUAUAUAACGAGAAUGCAAUACUGCUCCAACAGCUGGAGUUUCACUUCUUUACAAUGAGUUUGUCCGAAUGUCCGAUCUAUGUGUCAAGAUGAUUGAUCACAAUGUCGGUAUGUUUUCAAAUGGUUAUCAUAAACGUAUGGUCAAUAUAUAAAAGCAUGGUUUUAGUUUAUUGACCGUGUGAUUUCUAUUUCUUUAUUUCAUGAAUUUAAGUGGUGAUGUCAAGUCUGUGUGUGCAGGUACAUAAACAAGGAUCAAACAUAUAAUGUAUCCACACUUACCUCACAGUCAUUAUGCACCCGUCACUGCCUUUUUCCCAUGCCACUCAACGCUAGGUCGCUGGUAACAACACAAUAGCAUACAGUUCCCUUCUGCCACAGCAGGUUUUCCAGGGCAAUCGCACAUAUUUUUCCUCUAAGUCUCAAUUUAUGGACGAAACCUGCUGCUAGGAAUCAUUAUUCAGUCAAAAGCCAGAAGCAGGAGCGGGAUCUGUUAUGACUUGAAGAACCAAUUAGCCAUGCCGAUUUGGUUUCUGUUUUUCCAACAAGCAACGAACAUGCGUGUCUUUACUUCCCCUCCCAGACCUACUGUUUUGUUAGCGGAUGCUCGGGUGAACUUAAACAACAGUUCCGAGGCUAUAAUCGUAUGUACAUGUUUUUACCAGGACGUCAUUAAAUCAUGAGAAACACAUGUUCAGCAGUGAAGUUCACUUUUGUGUUUUGAAAAAUAAUAAUUUCAGAUGAACAAUUAACGUCCACAGUAAAGCCAUAAGGGAUUAUCAGUUUCUGCGUAUGCUGAAAGGACCUUUACAUUCUUGGAAAUAUAUUGGCGUCAUCUUUGUAUCGGACAACAAUUUGUAAUUGUUAAUUGCAUGCCUAUCCGUUUUCAGCUUGUUGGCUCAAAAGCUAUUCGUUACAUGUCAGACUCAUUCCCGUACAUGUUCAAAAAAAUUAAAGAUCAUAAAGCAUAUAAGGCAUACCGAAUGACCUCACUUGAAUGUGUGCACGUAAUAAAACUAAAACGAAAACACACCAUUAAAUGGAUAUUAUAACGCCCUUGCCUGUGUGCAUUUUAAACGCCGAUUCUGUGACCAUAAUCUUAUCUGAAUCCAUUACUUUAUCAAGAAAUUCUCAUUUUGCUGCCUUCUGUCUUCGCUCAGUGUAGUUCCCAGUGAACAUACCCCGUUGUGUUUCUUGCGGCUGACAUUUGUACAGAGAACGGCUCCCCCUAUCGCGAGUGAUAUACAACCAUGUGGAAACUUUGUUCAGAAUAUUUGGGCCAAAGCUGCGUCAAAUUAACAUUCUUUUAGGCGUUCCGGCGUGUAAGAAGCUCUCUGUUAUAGUUCUCUUGGGUUGCGGUUUUAAUUCCAGUUUUGUGUUGAUUUUCAUUGUUAUCUAAUGUUUUAAGCUAUUAAAAGUAACGAAAAUAAUUCCAGCAAACCGGGUGCAAAAGGUGUAACGAACCAAAUAUGGUGACGUGCAUAACAUGCAACUAACAUGCUACACAUACAAACAUGAAGUAUGACUACUUCAUCGCAACUAGUUAAUCAUUUAAGUUGUUGAUUAUAAUGCAUGUUAUUUUAUAUGAAUGCGAUAUAUGCAGAUAUAUUUCCAAGCACAGCGCUGGCAAAACGCACACAAUAUUGUCAAUUUGUCAAUGAAGUACAAAAUAGUUGAUGUUUACUCUACCGAUACAUCGCCCAGCUUUUCCCCCCGAUUUCAGCGUACACAUAGUGUAUGAUAUUAUUGAUUACAUUCCUACGCUAUAAAAUACCAUUUAUCUACUGUAUCACAUCGUUUCGCUUAGUUAAUGUUGAUAAUUCAAUGACAUAAUGAUUUAAUUAAUGCGAUAUUUAUAUGUAGCCGCGUAAUUACGUGUGUGUAUUUAAUCGCGAACGACGUCCUAUGUAGGUCGAUAUGUUUUAAUGUGUGUUGAACGCGAUUCUAAUUAUUUCUCAAUUGUGGUUUUAAACGCUAGUUAAUUAAUUAUUUUCUUCAUUAACUUAACAAUACAAAGCCUUGUAUGUUCACGGAAAUGCGACGGUAGACUUAUUUUUUAUUCAAAACGUGAUUAUUUAAUAACAAUCGCAUACAAAUGGGCUAUUCAUUAACCACGGCGCACACUCUGCACUCAAAGUAGAUUUCGUUUUACCUUUAUGUACAAUGUAUAUAUUAAGAUUGCCAUGACAAAUAUUCUGUUACUGCGUUUCGUGGGUUUAAAACAAUAGGUACUAACUGCCGUUGAAAUCAAAAGAAGUUUCAGAGUUUUUUUUGGACUGGUAUUAUUAUUCAAAUUAUUAAACAUUGUACUAUACGUUUUUUAACAGAAGCAUAAAUGAUAAGCAUCAACAACCAUUAUUUUAGGUCAAAAUGGUUUUUUAUUUUUUUUUGCAUCCUUAACAGACAUGUCCUUAAUUUUGUGGAACGUUUGGUCCUAAACUAUUGUUUUUAGAAUACUAUAUAUUCAAUAGUUAUUUUAACACAAUCUUGAUUUUUGUCUCUUUGUACGAUGCGUGGGUGAAGGGGGAAGGGGCGUCUCCGCUCCUUUCAAAAACCAGUUUGUGAGUCAAUAUCUUGUAGUUAUAUGAAACAAAAGAUCAUAAUAGUCUAUGAUAAGCACGCAAUUUAAUAGAAUUAAUAAUCGCUAACAAUUUCACGGAGAUUAAGUUUGGAUGCCAGUGUUGCGUUUGCAUGGAAAUGUUAAAACGGGAGAGAAAAUUGUUGUAACACCGAAUACAUUUCUAUAGAUGAAACUUUAAAUUUCUUUUACCAGUUUUUUUUUUUUUUUGUAACCGUGCGUCCGUUUACAAAAAAAGAAAUUGUCGUACAGAAACAUGACUGUGAUACGAAGUUUAUGUUGAACCAAUGCGUACUUGGGACGGGCUUGUGUCAUGUACUGUAAACUUAUAAUUUAUGAAUAUAGAACCCAUAAAUUGCCGAUGUGUGUGUUUUGCGUUACUCAUAUGCAAAUCGUACACGAACUUUUGUAAUUUAUACUCUUGCAAACCACAAAAGUACAAAAACGCUGUUUGUUCGAGCGAACCAAUUUCAUUUGACCCAAUCUAAUGCAGUGUUAGAGCAUUAAAUCAAAGGUAUGCAUUUUAUAACUUGACCACUUCAUCACAAGUGGCUCCCAUUACGAUAUAUCUCUGAAAUACAAACUAGCAAACUUGUGUGUAAAGUGUUCUACAUCUGCUUCAAUACCAGAGGGUAAAAUCUAUUUUAAUAUUGCACGGUUUGUUUACAACCGGUGGCAAACUCUUAAAAUUAGUUUCAAAUUCUUGUACAUAAUGACGGGGAUAAAACUAUUAGAAUGGGUCAUAAAUAACAGCGGUUAAUGCUCUCUACGUCGGUUUUCAGCGAUCACAAUAAAGAAAUCCGAUGCUUCGGUAAAGCGGCAGUUGGAAUUUAAAACACCGCUUACAACGAUAUGAAUAUUCUGAAGGUGUCACAAUUUCAGACCCAUGAACGAUAGCAAAGAUUGCUAUUUUCUAUUUCAUGGUAAUUGAAUUUAUGUUGUUUUUCAAGGACGUGACACAAAGCAGGAGUUAGCCAUGGUGUCAUACUUUCAGAUAUAACGGGCAACACAUUGCACGAAUAUUCUACUUUGCGAUGGCUUCUGAAUAUGAUUUUUUUAUCAUUUGGGGUUUCUCCACGUUUAGUGACAUGAAAACGGUUAAUAUGUUAAGGAAUACUGAUACUUAAUGUCACUAAGCAGUUUAUGUUAAUGUUAAGUCUUUACAACAAUCUUCUCUACUAAGGUUGCGCUUGGCGAAAAGUAUACUUACAUUAUAUUAUUCUUAAGCCAUUUAAUUCAAGCUGUCAAGCCAUAUUUGCGUUUAAAAAUACCUGACACCGACGAUUUAUCAUCUGUUCCCUCUCGUCCCUUCUAUUAUUGUAUUCACAAAGUGGCUGUUUUAAAUGAGGACAUUAAAUUCGCCAACACAAAUAACAGUGUUAGCAGUUUGAUCUAUGGGUUGCAACCGCUAUGGGCGCUUUGUCAAAUGAAAAAUGUUAUCAGUUCUAAAAGUAAUAGUAGAAGGCCAAACGAAUGAUUCGUGCGUUCAUCCAUUUGUUUAGACUAUCAUCUUAUUUUCCUCGGAAACCUACUUUCUUGUAAACUAUUUCAACAAUAAAUGUGUCUUGCAGGCGCUUGCAAUAAAAUGCGUUCUUUAAGCCAGAUGUUACUAUUUUUGUUGCGAAUAAAAAUUUCAUCAUCGAAUCUUACAUAUUUUGUUCAACUACGUCGGACCUUAAAAGCAGAUAAUGCAGCUCUCGAGAAUUCAGGGCUUGAACAUUAAAUUAUUAAUCUUGCAGGGCCUUACAGAUAAGAUUCAAUCUAAAAUGGUCCCAAGAUGAUCAAUCUGCAGAGAAUGCAUGUGUACACAGCGUUUAGACGCUCUUUGUUAGUCCAAAAUGGGGUGAGUCGGGUUCAUUGGUUCUUAAAUUUAUUGAAAUAUUAGCCUUGCACGUAACCACUUGGUGGGUCUACCAUUAAAGCGAUGCACACGUUAUCUUUAACAAUUAAAUGCGAAGGAACUUCUUUGGAAUAUUUUGAUGAUUCUGCCCAUAUACUGUUGUUUUUAUGUUAACUUAAUCUUUCAUGUUGCAGUUAAAAUUGUAAUUGCUUGUUUGUUUGUUGUUAAGUUGCUUUUAUGAGUUUUACUCAGAAUAUUAUUAAAAUAUGUGUUCUAAUAUUUUUGAAAAUCAAUUAUCUUCAAGCUGCAUGUAAAAUAUUAAUAGUUUUUGUGCGUUAAAUAUUAUAAAAUACCAUAAUUAUAAUACCGUUGUAUAAAUUUCAUGUGCUUCCUUUCAAAAUUGUUGAGACUAAUUACGAGAUUUUGUUUGGGGAUUUUGUUGAACUGUAUGUAAAUUUUGUUCCUUUGCUUCUUUUUCCAAUUAUGGAAUUUACUAGUCAUAAUCUAUCGCCGUUUAUAAGUGAGUAUGAUGGAAUUCAAACCUUAGAAUAUAACCUUGACAAUGCAUGAAUUUCUACUUUCUCAUAUUUGUUAAAUUGUUAUCGGUUAUCGAGAUCUUGAGUUUUGAUUUAAAAUGGCUAUUUUCUUUUUUUUUUAAUCUACAAAAAGACGUUUACAGCGGUAUAUAAAAUUGUAUUGCCAUACGAAUAGCAAGUAAAGUUGGCAUUUUGAUAGCACCAAUUAAAUUUGUUUUGACAAGUGCUAUCAUUUAUUAAAUGUAAUAAAUUUCACCGUUUCCUGUCAUCUGAUCAUUUGUUAUGAAAUUAAACUUUUCUUUCGCAAGACUAGUAGUAUUUUGGAUAAAGAUUAUGUUGCUAUCAUAUACACUUGUCAAUGCAUGUAUUACUUAGCAUAUAAGUGACACUUUUUUCUGUAUUGAUGGUAAUUUAUAAUUCAUUGAUAAAUUUAUCUGUUUGCCCUACUUACAUUUAUUCGAAUAGUACAUAUUAUCAAAAGCAUUAUUAUUAUUAUUGUUAUAUUAUUAUGGUUAUUUUAUUAUUAUUAUUGAAAUUUACUUAACUACGGAUUUGCACAUCAAACAUCUGAUCUUACUUCAUAAUCUUACUCAUCUAGAAUAACUUACUUCAUAAUCUUACUCAUCUAGAAUAACUUUUUCGGGUAAAAUACCACUUGUUUAAAAUAAUCGAGUCAUCGUUUUCUAAAAUGUUCAACUACGUACGUGUCGAAAAAUUUAAGACAUCACCUGAAUAAUAUUAACUUUCAUUUUAAUUGCUGACAUCAUGACUAUAUUUAAGAAUUUAUAAUGUAUAGUAUGUAAGGAUUGUUUCCCGGUUGAUUUAUCUCAUUAUAUUCAGUCUUAUACUACAAAUGAACGAAAUCCGAUGUUGAUUAAUAACGAAAAAUGAUUCGAACUUAACUCUUUCAGUGCUGGAACCGAAUUCUGAAGGCCUUUGCAAUCAGUUUUGAUCCAGAUGAGACGCCACAGAACGUGGCGUCUCAUCAGGAUCCAAACUGUUUGCUAUUCUGAUAGUAUUAUUUGAAAAAAAUCGAUGAAAAUGCUAAUUAAAAAAAUUCAGCAGACGACAUUUUAGCAGACGACAAAUUUCCCAUCAUGCAAAGAGUUAAGUGGGAAACUAUAUUGUUCUCGGAAAGAUUGUUGAAAUGUGUCAUAAUAUUUAUCAAACUCUUUUGAUCUAGAGAUGUACCAAAUAUGUACUCCUAGCUUUUGAAUCAGAUAGGCUUAUCAGUCUCUUAACGUUAUCUGCUGAAAGGGCCUCCUGUUUUUAGUGACCAGAUAUUUACUCCAAAAAAGACUAAUAAUUAUAAUAACGUUAUAGAUCAGUUAUUGAUAUUCUGUUAUUAUUAUGAAGGUGUGCACUUAUAUACGACCUCGCGUCAUGCAAAAUAGCGUCAGCCAUGCCUGCGCCUUUGGCACCGCGAAGCUGUAGGUGACUUCACUGCGAACAAGGUAGCUACUAGCUACUGACCAGACUGUGCGAAUGCGCAGGCUCGUCUGGAGCUAUGCUGGUCGCAUAUGUUAAUGUACCAAAUUCUCGCAUGACGCUGGUUAUACAAAAAUUUAUAGCAUUUUUGUACAUUUUUUACCCAUAAACCGCUAUUGUAUUUGUUAUAAAAUUCACUAGGCAUCAUUUAUUGGAAUGCAACUACUUUACAGCAUUUAUGUGCGCUAUCAGGGGCUUGAACAAUGUCAUUAUUGUGUCAUUUCGUGUUAAAAUACUGUUAUGUUAUUUAUAAUUAUGAUGAUAAAAUAUUAAAAUGUUUAUAAAAAUAU